AUGGCUAUUAAUCUCUCACUCUUGCUGUCUGUUUUACUUUUAUCUCUUUCACUUUCAGUUGUCUUUGCUGCUGAUCCUAGCACUCUACUAGAUUUUUGUGUGACAGCUCCAAUAAGCCAAGGUAGUCCUGUCUGCAAGGAUCCUAAACAUGUUGAUGCAAAUGACUUCUUCUUUAGUGGACUUCACACAGCAGGAAAUACUACUAAUCCUGCUGGGUCUAAAGUAACUCCAGUCUUUGCAUCUCAGCUACCAGGAUUGAACACACUUGGAAUCUCCUUGGCUCGUAUCGAUAUUGCACCAUGGGGAGUUAACCCUCCUCAUUCACAUCCUCGUGCUACCGAAAUAUUGACCGUUCUUGAAGGUACAUUGGAAGUUGGGUUCAUCACUUCCAACCCGGAAAAUCGUCACUUUACAAAAGUUCUACAAAAGGGAGAUGUGUUUGUGUUUCCCAUAGGACUCAUUCACUAUCAAAGAAAUAUUGGAUAUGGUAAUGUUGUUGCCAUUGCAGCUCUUAGUAGUCAAAACCCAGGAGCUAUCACUAUUGGAAAUGCAGUGUUUGGGGCUACACCUGAGAUAUCUAAUGAAGUGCUAGUUAAGGCUUUUCAAAUGGACAGGACUGUCAUCAACUAUUUGCAGUCAAAGUUUUAG